AUGAUAGUUCUUAGUAAUUGUCUAAGUCUAGUUGGAUGUAGUAAACAUAUUGCAACUUUAGUUUCUCAAAUAGAGACAAGAAAGAGAGUUUCUCAAUCAACAAAAGUCAAUAACAACACAGUCGAUGAAUAUGCCAAGUUUCAAGAUAUCAUGAAGAGAAUCGAAAGUGGUGAUACUUUAUUAAACAAUAAUAAUAAUAACGACAUGGAGGUGGUUGAACAAUAUCAAUAUGAUUUCAGCGAACCAAAUAUGACAAAUUUCAAUAGUGAUGGCAAAUGGCCAUAUAUAGCCGAUAGUAUUCUUAAGAAAAGAUUUGAACUUGAUGUUUUUAAUAGAGCAAUAAGAUACACUUUCGAAGCGAAUAGAAUCAAGACGAUCGAGUUUGAUAGAGCAAGUUUGAAAGGUGUGGUGUUUGGUCAUGUCGAGAUAGAGUUGAUGCAACACCGACCAGAGUAUAAAGUGGAAAUUGAGUUUAGUGACCACCAUACCUAUAAAUAA